AAAAUUUUAAAUUUUAUUUUAGAUUAGAAAAAAAUGCGUAACUUGGUACUUUUAGAUUCCGUUCAUUAUAAUGUAGGUGUCAUUGGUAGUCAUAAAUUGACUUAUGAUUCUUUAAAUGAAGUAGUUUAUUUUGCAACAGUUACCAGUGUUUUUGGUUUUUCACCUAAAGAAAAGCAAACUUUAUACUGCAUCUCACUUAAAGAAGGUGGUUAUAUUGAAGAAGAUUAUCAAAAAAUUGUAAGCAUUUACUAUAUGUGUGACAAAGCUGAGCUAUGUAUAAUUACUACUAAAGGCGAUUGUCUAAUAUGGAAAGCUGCAACAGGAGAAAUAGAGUUAAUGGGAAGUAUUGAAUCAGGAAUUUCUUCAAGUGCUUGGAGUCCAGAUAAUGAAUUAUUAGUAAUCAUAACAGGAUCUGGAUCAUUUCUUCUAAUGAGCUGUGAUUUUGAUGUUAUUUGUGAACAGGCUAUUCAUUCAGCUGCUUUUGGAGAAGCUCAGCAAAUAACUGUUGGAUGGGGUAAAAAAGAAACACAGUUCCAUGGUUCAGAAGGUAAAGAAGCUGCACACCAAAAAGUAUAUCAGGAAGGCAAAAUAAAUUUAUGGGAUGAUUAUAGAACAGAAGUAUCGUGGAGAGGCGAUGGACAGUUUUUUGCAAUUUCUUCUGUUGACCAAGUGAGAAGUUGCAGAUGUGUUCGCAUUUACAAUCGAGAGGGAAUCCUUCAAUCUACAAGUGAAAAAAUAGAAGGCUUAGAAGAAUGUAUAGCAUGGCGACCAUCUGGAAAUUUAAUAGCAUGUUCUCAAAGAAAACCCAACAAACAUGAUGUAAUUUUUUUAGAAAAAAAUGGUUUGCAGCAUGGACAAUUUACUUUACCUUUUUCAACACAUGAUAAAUUGAUAUUAUGCAUAAGUUGGAAUGUAAGCUCUGAUGUCUUAAUGCUGCUACUAGCUGAUAUGAGUAAAACAACAAAUUAUGUUGUCCAAUUGUGGACUGUGGGAAACUACCACUGGUAUUUAAAACAAGAAAUAAAUUUCCAAAAUCAAAAUAAAUCUCCAACUGUGGUUUGGGAUCAGGAUUGUGCAUAUAAAAUACAUAUUAUAUGUGAUGAUGGGAGUUAUUAUCAAAACAUUUAUAUGCAUGUUGUCAACCAAAGCAGUGGUCAAGACAAUAAUUCUAUGGUGGCAGUAGCUGAUGGAAAGAAACUGCUUUUAACGCCAUUUAAGCUUCAAACUGUACCUCCUCCAAUGGCAGCACUUACAAUAACAUUAUCAAAUACAUCCAAUAUAAUUGCAUUUGGUGUUGAAUCAAAGAAACAUGAUUUACUUAUUCAAACAUCUGAAAAGCAGUUUGUUUAUCUGUUGUAUGAUGGCCAAUACAAAAUGAUCCCUGUUUUAACUGACAAUAAAAUUACUGAGUUAAAUUUGCGACAAUUUGUAUGGUUUCAUGAACUCUAUGUUUCAGCUAUUGCAGAUAAUCAAUCAGGAAACAGUAUUAUAUUGAUGGAGCUUUCGAUCAAAGAUAAUAAUAUAAGCCUAACAUUAAAAGAUCAAAUAUUUGUUCCGAAUAAAGUUCUUGUAUUGUUUAAAAGCAACUUUUGUAACUUGUAUAUUGAAAAUGAGAAGGGUGGAAUCUAUGAGUUGAUAUUGGACGGUAUUUUAAAGUUGGAGAAAAAUUUAUGUUGUUCUUUACCUUUGCCUUGUUCCAAUAUUGCGUGCCUAAAGUUUGAAGAUAAAACUAUGGUGUUUGGUUUGACAAAUCAAUAUCGUUUAUUUCUUAAUGAAAAGGAGAUAGCUACAAAUUGCACAUCAUUUUUUGUGCACGAUGAGUUUCUUCUUUUAACAACGCAUACCCACAGCCUGCGAUGCAUUAGUUUGAGUUCUUUGUUUAAAGUGAUUACAGUAAAUGACUCCUUAUUUUUGGAUGAAGCAUCAAGAAGGAUAGAACGUGGCUCACGUUUAAUCACUGUUAUUGCUCAAGGCACAUUAGCUAUAUUGCAGAUGCCACGAGGUAAUUUGGAGUGUAUUCAUCCUCGUGCAUUAGUCAUCUGUCACCUUAAAAAGUUAUUAUCAAAUUUAGAAUAUGCGGAAGCAAUGGACAUUAUGCGUAAACAUCGUAUCAACUUAAAUCUAUUUUAUGAUCACAACCCUGAGCUGUUUACAUCUCAUAUUGAAAAAUUUAUAUCGGAAAUGGAAUCUGUAAAUUUUAUCAAUCUUUUCCUAGCUGAUCUGAUGACUGAAGAUGUAUGUAAAACUAUGUAUUCACCAUUCUAUUAUGGAAUGAAUAAACCGAUGGACUCACAAACUCCCUCAAAUAAAGUGGAUUUAGUUUGUAAACAGUUUCAAAAAAUAAUUGAGCAGAAGAUAACUAAAAAUAAUAAUGAGUUGUUGUUGGCUUUACUGACAACUUAUGCAAGACAAAAUGAUUUAGAGUCUGUUCUUCUUAAAAUUAAAGACCUUAAAGAAAAUCCUCCAGCUGAUGGUGUUACUUGCAACGCUGCUUUAGUUUACAUACUAUAUUUGGUUGAUAUUAAUUCUCUGUUUGAUAUCGCACUUGGUUUAUAUGAUUUUGAUCUUGUUAUGUUGGUAGCAGAAAAAUCUCAGAAGGAUCCAAAAGAGUAUAUUCCUUUCUUAAAUAACUUUAAGAAGAUGGAUGAAUUUUAUAUGAAGUAUUCAAUCGACAAGCACCUAAAAAGAUAUCACAAAGCUUUGAUUAGCUUAUCUAAAUGCGAAAAUUGCUUUGAUGAGUUAACAACAUUUGUUAAAGAACAUCGUCUUUACAAGCAAGCAUUGCAGUUGUUUGAAACCGGUUCAUUAAAGUAUAAGAAAAUUAGUUUGGACUAUGCCUCAUACUUAGUACAACAAAAGUUAUAUGAAGAUGCCGCAAUCGUUUACAGUAGAUGUGGUUUCAGAAAGCAAGCAUUAGAACAAUACACUAAAACAAAAAAUUGGAAUAUGGUUUUAACAGAAGCCAGGCUUCUUGAAUACUCACCACAAAGUUUAAUGACUCUUUAUAAAAAUUUGAGUGAGCGUUUGAAAAAUGAGCACAUGUACAAAGAAGCAGCAGAUAUAUUGGAGCAUUAUGUUAAGGACAUUGAAGAAAGUGCAAUGUGUUUGUUAAAAGGUGGUUUGUGGUUUCAUGCAAUUCACUUGAUGCAUAAGUAUGAACGCGAAGACUUGAUAGAGACAAAUUUAAAACCUAGUAUACAUGAAUGUUGUGAGAUAACGGAAUCAAAAAUAAAAGAUCUUGAAACAAGAUUUAUAAAACACACUAAUCGUUUAAAAGUUGUGGUUGAAAAAAAAGAAAAGGAUAAGUUAGAGAUUUUACAAGGAGCUGAAUUUGAAACAGAAAACUCAGAUAUAUACUCAGAUACCUCAAGUGUCACUGGUCAAACAUCCUCAAUAAAAUCAAGAGGUUCUCAAUCUUCAUCUGGCCAUUCAAGCAAAAGUCGCAAGAAAGUAAAUCGAAAGAAAUAUAGUUUGAAAGAAGGUAGUGUUCAUGAAGAAUUUGCCUUGCGUGAAGCUCUAGCUGAAAUCAUUACUACAACUGAUAAAAUGAAAGAGGAAAUUUCUGAGUUAUUGAAAGUAAUGUGUUUAUAUUAUUUUGAUGAUAAAGCAAAAACAAUACAACAUGAGUUUGAAAGUCUAAUAAAUACUAUUGAAUUAAAUAUAAAAGAAAUAUGGACAGAAAACAUGAAAAAUUCAGAUGACAAUGUUUGCAAAUUCGGUCCAAGUUCAACAGUCCAUUCCAUAAUUGAAUUGUCCAUGCAUCAAAAUAAUACAAAAGAGAGCAAUUCUCCUAUAUCAGUGCAGCCAACUAUGCGUCCCAACAUCCAAUGGAAAGUUCACAUGCUUCGAGUGUAGAAACAUGCUUCAAAUAUAGAACACAUCAAGAUAUCAAUGCAUGACUAACAUGAUAAUAAUUAUAACAUAAUAGUAACUUAAUAAUGAAUAACAUAAUUACUUA